AAGUCCAUCUAUUAGCAUAUUUACUGCUACAAAACCCCUGGCAAAUCGUACUAAUAACAGAAUCGUGCUUAAUCAGAACUUAAACUCCGGGAUGAACAUCUAAGAAUUGGAAUUACAUAGAAKAGCCCCAGUUCUGAUCGAUUUUUAGUGGGAACAGAGGUGUCUUUCGUCAAUAAGCUUACAGAAGAUCAACUCUUUGAAAGCUGUGAAAUGACUCACGUUCUAACAAACCCCGACUUUCCACAUGGCAUGAAAUUUCGUUCUAAAUCCGUGGAUGUGGCAAAACUGCAUGGUCGGAGAAAGGAAGGUAUCUCAGUUAAGGAUUUUAACAAAAUACGWAGCCUUUCAAGGCAAUCGUGGAGCCGCGAAUAUGAAGAUCCAGGCAACCCUCUACCACGGGUCACAACAAAUCACUACCAGACAACUUAUAACUCAAGUUACCGAUAUAAAUUACUGGACGAAUCUACACCAAAUAGACCUACAUCUCCCACAAGAAGAAAUAACCCACAUCCAACAAAAGCUUUUCUCCAUCUACGCCUGAGGGAAGCCAGUGGAUUCCCAAAACCUAAAGUCAAACUUGGACAGGAUCCACAUAGAGUUCCAGGUCGACCACCAAAAGAGCCCAUUGAUGUCCAAAGAACCAUGUAUUUUACAUUAAAAGAAAUCAAAGACUUACAAAGACGUGGAGCAGAGGAGACUUUAAAAGCAGCCUUACACCCCAAUGUUGUUCCUAUCACUCAAGCAUGGAUGAAAAAUGCAUCACAAAGAGAUGCAAAUGCAGUGACAAAAUUCUUACAAGAUACUACAAGAGAUGGGGAGCUUGAGAAGACUGUUACUACAACGUUUAAGCCUGAUAUUGUCCCAGCUGUCAGUAGAUGGCUAAAGCAAGCUGGUUCAGAAGAAAAAGAAGCAGUGAUGAGACUAAUCCAAACCCUGUCCACCGAUCCAUACAAGGGAGCCUACAUUGAUCCAAAACAUACAGGUCAACUUGACCCAAACCGCUACCUCCUUGGAAAAUACACCAUUGAGAAACCAGUUMGGGAUUUAACUUAUGAAAUUAACCCUGAUUAUAGAAGAAAGAAAACAGAAUUCACUAGAGCACCAGCAUCAUUCCUUUAACAAAACUUGUAAUUUUACUAGAUACGUUUAGUUUUAGGUCAGUAAAUUACUURAUAAAAAUAAUUAAUGUUAURGUUCAGUAAAAAGUUGCACUGUCAUAAUCAAAUCAACAGAAAUUGCAUGUUUUGCAAAUAUAUAUAACAAUAAACAUGGAGGAUCAAUUUGA